AUGAACAAAAUAAAUCCGCUACAGUAUCCGGGGGAGGUGGAUAAGAAGACGUUGAAGGUAGGUACUAAUAUUUUCGUAGUGUAAAUGUUGUAAAAUACGAAUAAAAUCAUCGACUUGUAUUUUUCUACACCCGUGGUUAUUUCAUCUCUCGCUUUUCUUCCAACCCAAUCGUACGCGGUGCCCGUGUUUAUUUAGUCGAGUGGUUAGAGGUCUAGCUUUUGGAUCCAACAGUCCCUAGUUCGAUUCCCGUCUGAAUAAAAAUUAGCAAUCGCCCAUUUAUAACCAUGCAUUUAUUGCAUCGCUAAAGUGUGUGGCUCCACUAUGGGCAAAAAUGUAGAUUCAAUGUAGUUAUGAAUGGACUGCUAAGAGAUGCCUUAGCAACUCUGGUCUACGUUGAAGACAUUUUUAAGCUUGAUUGACUAAGCAGGACUGCACGUAUUACUUUAGCAGCUUAUGGUAUAUUAAAUUUUUUUACAGUACUAAAAAGGUAAACAUCCCACGUGUCACGCAUACGUUUCCUCGUUUUUUAAAAAUUUUACACACCAUAUGGGCCUAGGUCUAAGAUCAAUACUGAAAAUUUACGCUCGCGUUUUGGAGAUACAUGUAAUAUCAAUUCAACCAUUUUUACCGUCGACAAAACUUUUUAAAAAGUGUGGAGAACUCAGGUGAUAAAGGCUAGGCAUACAUAUGUCAUAAUGUAAGUUGUCUACCUUUGACUUGGGCAAAAAAUCUCACCAUUAGUUACUUCUGCAAAGCGCAAAUUAGGAGCCUCGCGUGUGUCAAACAUUAGAAAAAAUAACUACAAUUUGUAAGCAUUUCAUUAAUGUUUUCAACGUCUCACUUUGAGCAUGUUCUUUCUAAUAGUGCUACGUCCACUUUGAAGUCACAAACCCGAACCAAGUCAACGCCAAAAUGUCACAUCACUUUUUCUUUGCCUACACUCUUCAAAAACCACUAAUGACAUAAAAGAUUGACCUAAUGCAUUUAUCCCUUUCACCUGUUGUGGCUUUAACUUUCAAUGUCAAAACAUUUAGAUUAUUCGUGCAUUUCAGAAGGCCGCUUUGAAGAUAAAGAAUGUCCGACGGAUCAGCGAGCUCAGUCAGGAUCUUCAAUAUGAAAAGCCGAUCGAAGAAUUCACAUUGCCGGAGAAAGAGAAGCCAAAAGAGUCGAAAAUACGGAGGCUGAUUCGAAUUUUGACAACUAAUCCGCCGGUUUGGGAGGGUAAGAUCAGUUUUUAUUGUGCUAAGUCGGACUGUAGAUAUUUCAGAAAGUGAGUUGUGAACUUAGACUACAGUAAUACUAUUAUUAAAGACUUUUAUUACAACAUAAGUUCAUACUUAUGAUGACAAAAUUACGGUCAAAUUUAUUUAAAAAAAACUUAUUUUAUUAUAAUUCCGUCUGGUCCAAGUCUAAAUAAAGUUUAUUUGAACGUAGCUUUGUUACGACAUACAUAUGAUAAUAGUAAAUUCCAGACAAGACACUCAAAGAAAUGGCGGCCAAAAUGAAGCCGGUGGAGAAGGCCAGAGACAUUUGUCCAUUGCAUUGCCUCCAAAAGACAAAAGAACAGUCCAUCUACAACAAGUAAGCUCCAUUUAAGACCAAAACAAGGCCUUUAAAAAAUGAUGACAUAAAAUUUUCAUUGAAAAAAUGUGUUUGCUACAAUUUACCGUUCAAAAUUUUCUCAAAAGCUGUUGAUUUCAAACGACGGCACAGUAAAUAUCGCUACUGCAGAGUCCGUCUUCGACAUCUUGAACUUGAGCCGCUCUGUUGCUGCUCUUCAUGUGUGGUUCGAGGCGGAUGUGGCGCCGUAAUUGCGGGCGAGGCACUGUACAUUGUAAUAACAACAAUAAUUUGCUUUCUAAAAUUAUACGACAAUGGGAAGAUGACCUUGUGGAGAGGAUUACAACCCUCCUUUUAUUCGUUGGUAACACAUCCUGCCGCCUAUUAUGUACAGCUGCUUUACAAUAUUGUAAGUUGUGGCGAGGGUAGUGUUGUAAAGACAUUGUAAAGACUGUGAUUUCAAGAGAAGAAGAUAGAAUUCUUUUGUGUGGAAGAUAGACAAUUGGCCGGUAUUCAGAGAAAUUUCUUCUGUAGACGGUUUAAAAAAUUUGUGGUCACAAGUGCAACGAUUGGGUCUGAAGCAAAUGUAAAAAAAUAUGUUAAAAAUUUGGAUUACAUUUUUCAAAAAUAUUUGCGAGAUUUUUUUUAGCUUGUACUUUGCGGAAAUAACCGAUGACUUUUGUUGGAAAGUUGAUCAAAAUCCGACUGCAAUUUGAGCAAGUGUAUUGCUUGAAAAAUUUCGGCCAGAUUUUUACUAUACAUAGAUCUCAAUUUUCUACAAAACAUGUUUUUUCUUUGACCGCUUUUCGCUUUUCGCACAUUCUCCCGUUGACAAAGAUUGCUGAAUAUCUUGGCUGCCUCUUUCAAAACUUGUUGUUUUUCAUAAAUUGAUAUCUAACCUAUAAUACAGUUUCUGUACAUAAUUUAAACAUAACACUUCGAAAAUUUUGUUUGUCAUCAAAUAAAAACUAAGCGAUCGUAAUCACUAGCAAUGCUGAAAAAAGGUGAUUUCAGACCAGCACUUGGAUGGUUUACAUUUUCCUGAAAGGAGUCAUCAAAUUCGACCGUCUUUAUGUCAAACUUCACUGGCAGUAUGACUUCUUCGCCCUUGGCUACAACUGUCUGGCGUUCGCUGUUCACGGUCAGUGCGGUUUAUACACGAUUUUCAAAUGUUUUUAUUAUCUUCUUCAGGAUCUCAGCACUACAUUAGCUACGAUCUUAGUAGUCUUGUAUUGGUAAGUAUCUGGCCAUGAAAGGUUUUUUUAGUAUUCAUGCAGGUCUUCAGUAUUAGUGUUAGUAUUUCAAUUCCAGACCGCUUGUUUUGCAUUGCAAAUUCCUUUACAACUGUGGGCCAUCAGCAUUGUCAAGGAGUGCUUUCAUUUCUUCAACAUGCUUUAUGUUCUCAUAAUGAUUGCCGAACCAUAG